CUCGCCAGGAGAGCGGCGACGUAUGAAGCUGUCAUCCAGCCGACGAAGAUGGAGCCUUGUUGAGGUGGCCACGUUGUGGGGGCUGCGACGCCAGGGCAACACAGUAACCCAACUCUAUUAAUAAUUUGCGUUGUCAACCAAUGAAGCAGGCACUGUCUAAUGCUCAUCCAAUGUUCUGCAGCUGCACAGCACAGUGACAGCCUCGGAAUUGAAAGGCAACCUCGAUCUUCGUUGCCAAGAGGGCAAAGGAUUAGCUGCCAUGACUCCUGCUCCGCGAUUCCCCUCUGCCAUUUUCCCUUCUCCUUCUGGGAGAUUAACACCAGCUCACCUCAUCACCGUUGCCUCUGCCCUCCGCCUCGGCCAAUCCCUCCACCUUCGCUGUAGCCGCCAUCUUCAGCUUCUCAUUUGCUCCGCUUUCCGGGAUGGCUAUCAAUCUAGCUACUUCUCUGGAAUCAAGGAGUUUUGGCAUGAAAGACCCUAUUUAUGGAAGAAAGAAUCUCAUAUGGAAAACCUGGCUGCUGCUCUCUCCUUGUCUUGUUCAUCAUGCUUUACUUUCUUUAGCUGCAAGCAUUUUGGAAAGGUGUUUGGUGGUAAAAGAAACUUGCAAUUCAGUACUUCUGAAGAUAAACCUUUUGAUGGAAGGCUGUGGACCAAUAUUCUUCUUACCCUCAAUGUAUUGGUUUAUGUCAGUCAGAUAGCAACACAAGGAAAACUGAUCUUUUGGGGAGCUAAGGUCAACAGCCUAAUUGAUAAAGGGCAGUUGUGGAGAUUGGCUACAUGUUCAUUUCUACAUGCGAAUAUUGGGCACCUCAUGGUCAAUUGUUAUUCUUUGAAUUCUAUUGGUCCAACUGUGGAGAAACUUAGUGGCCCAAGGCGCUUCCUUGCUGUUUACUUUGCAUCAGCAAUAGCAAGUUCUUUGAUGAGUUACCAGUUCUGUCAAUCGCCUGCAGUUGGUGCAUCUGGAGCUAUUUUUGGGUUGGUGGGUUCUGCUGCUGUCUUUGCUUUGAGGCAUAGAAGCCUCUUUGGAGGCGCAAAGCAAGAUAUACAGCAAAUAGCUCAAGUGAUUGCCAUAAAUAUGGUUAUUGGAUUUCUAUCUAGGAGCAUCGAUAACUGGGGUCAUUUAGGAGGGUUGUUAGGUGGAGCUGCGAUGUCAUGGUUUCUAGGACCAGCAUGGAGAUUUGAAUUUAAAACUGACGAUGGAAGAUCAGUCUUCACUGACCGGCCACCGAUAUCCCGCCUUAUUAAUAGGAGAAGAUCGAUUUGAUAUGCCAUUUUGUAAGUCAAUGGUAUUUGAAAAAUUGGCUGAUUCAUACAUAUGUUUUGGUUGUAAAGGACUUCGAUUUUUAGAUAGCAUGUAAGUUAUGAGAUAAUGCUGUAAAUUUGCCUUGAAGAAUCAAUCAAAAAAUUCCACAGAAAGGAGACUUUCUUCCUGA